CAAGCCAGUUGAACAGCUAUAUAACAUUCCUGUCCAAAGCAUACUUGGUCGCACUCCAACAUAUCAAGUCACAUUUUUCUACUAUUAUAACAGAAAAAGUCAGUUUAACAAUAGAACAGAAACCCAAACAAAAUUUGUUCAGACUUCUCUGGAACUAUGGAGCCCAAGGAAGUAUGUGCCAUAUGCUUAGCGACAUUGAAUGUAGGGCAAGGGCAAGCUUUAUUUACAGCAGAGUGUUGUCACACCUUCCAUUUCAGCUGUAUUGCUUCAAAUGUUGGACAUGGCAAUCAUAUUUGCCCUACUUGCCGUUCCACUUGGAGAAACCUCCCUUCUCAAUUCACUCCUAAUCUUACACCUCCUACGUUUACACCUCCUACGUAUGACUACAUUGGCACUGAUCCUACUCUAUUUGCAGAUGAUGAGACCCUUCCUACCCCGACCCCUGCACCUAACACCGCCUCCUCCUCUCAGACCCCCCCUCAAAAUGGUGACAUGAUGAUAGUAAAAGCCUUGCCUCAAUACCCAGCUCUAAGCAACUCAGAUCAAUCCAACUCAUUUCCUGUCCUUGUUGGCAUCCGAGCCCCUCCCUUAUCCCCUGAAGCUUCUGAUAGGCCUAAUGAUCGUGCCCCACUUGACCUCAUUGCAGUUCUUGAUGUUAGUGGCAGUAUGAACGGUGAUAAAAUCAGGCUCCUCAAACAGGCUGUUGGAUUUGUUACUGAUAACCUAGGACCUUCAGACCGACUUUCUGUCAUUACAUUUGCAACCUCUGCACGACGAGUGACCCCACUGCGGAGGAUGACUGAUGCAGGCCGAGUUGACACUAUGAACGCAGUCAACUCCAUUCAGGUCAGUGGCGCCACUAACAUUAUUGCAGGACUUAAAAAGGCUGUGGAGGUCCUGGAGCAAAGGAGAGAAAAGAACCCUGUCUCCAGUAUUAUUCUUCUCUCAGAUGGUCAGGACAACCAAAACGGAAGAGGCCCUGAUUUCCUCCGCUCCCUCUCUAACCUCCCGCUUUGUCUCCGUGCCAAUAACAUAACGUCUUAUGCUCCACCAACUGAUGGAGUUCCUGUACACUCAUUUGGGUUUGGUUCUGACCACGAUGCUACUGCUCUGCAUGCAAUAGCAGAUGGUUCAGGCGGGACCUUCUCAUAUAUUGAGUCAAUCGAGAUUAUCCAGGACGCCUUUGCUAGGUGCAUAGGUGGAUUGUUAAGUGUUGUUGCACAACAAGUGGAAAUACAAGUGGCAUCUGGAUCUCCAGGGGUUGAAAUUCAGUCUAUUCCAUCAGGUAGGUAUCGGAACAGUAUUGCUGCUGGUGGGCUGCAUGGAGUGAUAUAUAUAGGGGAUGUGUAUGCUGAAGAGGAGAAACUGUUCCUGGUGUAUUUAUCAGUCCCACCAGCUGAUGAUCAGGAGACGUUGACAACGAAGUUGUUAGAGGUAAAGUGUUGUUACAAGGACCCACUUUGUAACCAAAACAUCAUGUCUGACAUUGUGAGGGUUGAAAUUCGUCGACCACUAGCUGAAAACUUUACAGAGGAAGACAGACGGUUAUGCCUAGAGGUGGACAGAGAGAGAAACCGUGUUUCAAUAGCACAAGGGAUAACUGAAGCACAGGCUAUGGCAGAAAGAGGAGAGCUAGGUAGUGCUCAAACAUUGCUUGAACAGAGGAGGCUGACAAUGAUGCAAACAGCCUCUGCACAGGCAGGGGAUGCCCUCUGUGAAAGAUUGGAAGGUGAGGUUAAAGAGAUACAAGGGAGGAUGAGGAGUAAGUCAGAGUAUGAAACAGGAGGAAGAGCUUAUGCAUUCUCAAGGAGUAGCGCGCAUUUGUAUCAGCGAGCUUCAACUCAAGCUGUCAUACCUCAAGCAGGACUGCGACUACAAACAGCUCUCACACGUCCAGCGGGACUGCGACAAAGCAUGGCAGGACCUGCCACGUCAUCAAGUAUUAGUGCUCCUCUUGAGGACAUGGAUUAUCAGACGUCGUUCAUGAGAAGAAUGGUGCACAAGUCAAGGGAAUUGCGCCAAAUGGGAGAUCAAUCUGAAAAUUCUGACGAAACUAGCAACAUAAGCAACUCCUGACUAGAUGAAUCCUGAUGCUUACUUUGUCUCUGCAGCCUAACUUUGGAACAGACUUUUACAUUCACUACUUGCAAGUUUAUGGAAUGGGAAUUUGCCAUCUUUGUCAGUUUGAUUCUAAAGAUUGAUAAUAAAAGUAUCAAGUUAGAUUUGAUUUGGAUAAGGUUGAAGGUUUUGGAAAUGCUUUCCAAGAGAUUUAUUAAAACUGUGUAUCAAAACAUCCUUUCAGAUUUGUAUAGCUAUCACAUUUGUUAA